AUGGCAGGGGAAACUCAAGACCAACCCUCGGAACGAAGUCCGCUGUUGGCCAACGGCCAUGCCGCAGAGCAGCAAGCACGCAAUGUAGAUGGAGCGAACGAGACUGCUCUCGCAGACACACCAUCGACGAGCAGACUGAUUCUGAUCCUGGGCGCAUGCUUCGUCGGUGUCUUCUUCGCUGCACUAGAUACAACAGUAGUGGCAACUCUGACUGCGCCAAUAUCUUCAGAAUUCGAGUCCCUGUCGCUUCUAUCAUGGCUAGCAUCUGGAUACUUGAUCGCCAACGCAGCAUGUCAGCCGCUCUCCGGCAAGCUGACGGACAUCUUCUCGCGUCGAACGGGCCUGAUCUUCUCGAACGUGUUCUUUGCUGUUGGCACGCUGAUCUGUGGUUUGGCACAGUCUGCUGAAGUCGUCAUUGCAGGUCGAGUCAUUGCAGGUAUCGGAGGCGGUGGUCUGACCUGCAUCUCGACUUUCGUAACCUCGGAUCUCGUCCCGCUCCGUCAGCGCGGCGUCUGGCAAGGCGUCGGCAACCUCGUCUUCGGUUUGGGCAUGGGCUCAGGCGGCGUAUUCGGCGGCUUCUGUGCUGACAAACUCAGCUGGCGCUGGGCCUUCCUCAUUCAGGUCCCAUUCAUCGUCGUCUCCACCAUUCUCGUGUGGUUCCUCGUCGAUAUCCCCGUGAACCCUUCGAACAAGCCCGCCCUUCGACGCAUCGAUUUCCUUGGCGCCACGACUCUCGUCCUCUCCCUCGUUCUACUCCUCAUCGGCCUGAACACCGGCGGCAACCAGCUUCCCUGGUCCGAUGCCCGCAUCAUCGCCUCCCUCGUCCUUGCAGCACUCACGCUCGCUGCAUUCCUUUACAUCGAGUCCUCGCCCAAGCUCGUUCCCGAGCCGAUCAUUCCAGUAUCCCUCAUCAUCCGCACCCGCACAGUCCUCGCCGCAUGCCUUUGCAACUGGUUUGCCACGAUGGCUACCUUCCUGUUUCUCUACUACAUCCCGCUCUACCUCGAAAACGCCCUCUCCAUGUCGCCUACUAGUGCCGGUCUGCGCGUCAUCCCAAUCGCUAUUGGCACAUCUGCCGGCAGCCUAGGCUCAGGCUUCAUCAUGCGGUUGACAGGCCGGUACUACUGGCUCAUGCUCGGGAACAUGCUGGUGUAUAUUACAGGUGCUGCGCUCGUCAGCACACUGCAGCUUGAGACACCUAGGUGGGCGACGUUCGUGUAUGUUUCGCCGCUGGGAUGGGGUUAUGGUAGCAUGCUCACUAUCACCCUGGUCGGCAUGAUCAGUGCUGUGGAACACAAGCAUCAAGCUGUCAUCACGGCUGCAAGCUACGCGUUCAGGUCGACGGGGUCAACGAUUGGCAUCACGAUCGCGAGCGCAGUGUAUCAGAAUGUGCUGACGAAGGAAUUACGGCAGCGCUAUGGAGGUCAGAAGGGGAGCGAGGAGGUGAUCAGGCGGAUACGGAACAGUCUGGACGCUAUCAAUCAUAUUCCGGACAACUGGCGGCGGAGCGAUGUGCUGGAUGCGUAUAUGGAGGCGCUGAGAAGUGCCUUCCUGGUGGGCCUGGGGCUGGCGGUGCUUGCUGCGCUGAUGGGUCUGCUGAUGAAGGAGCAUAAGCUGCAUGCGAACUUGGCGAGGAAGUCGAGCAAUGCUGGUGGAGUCGAUGGGGAAAGUGAUGGCCAGGAAGAGAAUGCAGCAUAG